CUCACACUCAUUCAUGUCAUGAUUGAUGUUCCAUAGCGGUCACGACGCUGGUCAUUGACGGACCUCCACUUUUGAUGACGAUGACAACAGGGAGGGCAUUGAUGAUAGCUCGUCAUAUCAUCCGCCCGCCCUGUCACCUUCGCAGCCAAAAGUAUGGAUGUCCACCAGUCACCACCACCAGCGGAGGCAUGCAUAACGGCACACUCGUCUCCUCAUUCACAUCCAUCCAUCCAUCCACACUAUACACACAGCCCCCACGAGCCCUUCUCUCUUGCUGUCUCCUCUCCUUUGCCCAUCAGUCAUGUCUGUACACACACACACACACCAGCCCCCAGCUCUUCGUCUGCCCCUUCACUGACUCCCUCGUUCAUCGUUGAUCGGUCAUGUUUGCAUGAUCUCGCUUCCCAUCGAACACCGGCACGGCCCUCGCAUCCUUAGCCGACACCCCCUGCAGCAGCACGGCUGGCGACCUUCGCGUCACCUGGCUGAAGAGGCCCCGCGUGUGUCUGUUGCCAAUGGGUGAGAGGAGGCAGUCGGUCAGCAAGAAGGUCCACACGCCGUCGAGCGCCUUGUAGCCCCACACCCUGCCCUGGACGAACAGCCAUGACAGCAAAGCGCAGCCAUCAAGCCAUCCAUCCAUCUGGGGUCCCCUCCUCACUGCUCACCGUGAGAGUGUACUUGAGGCGUCUGUCCACGGAACGGAAAGCAAUCUCGGCGGCCUGAGGAAGCAAACGACACUCGUGAGGCAAGUGCGUCGCGCUGGUGUGUGUCUGCCUGCCGACCUCAUCGAACUGUGGCAGUAUUCUGUUCAUGAGUUUCUUGACGUCGAGGUGCGGGUAUUCGGUGGAGAGCUCGUAGAGCACCUGCAUGAGCGCACUGCCGAGGGCCGUGUGGCGGUACACCGACCUGCAAGAGGUGCGCUCGCGGUCAUCCAAGUACAUCGGUAGGCAGUGACCCAGAGCAAGAUCUCAGGUAUUCAUAUUCAUAUCUCAUUCAUCUUAUCUCAGCG